GUCUUUUCUCACUCUCUCUCUCUCCGAAAUUCAAUUCCAAGCAUUUUCAGGUUUGGUGGGCGACCAGCGAUCACCGAGCACAGCAGAGACCCCAAUUUUGUUCUCUUCCUUGGUUUUUUAUUAUUUUUCUAAUUUUCCCUAAUUUUUAUUUUUCAUAUUCCUUUAUAAAAAUCCCUCUGAUUUUCCCUCCUCAUUUAUUUAUCGCGCGUACACACAGUCCUUUCUAUUUUCUCGGAAAGAAGAGAGAAAAAUUUGGAAUAAAUCUGAGAUCCUCUAAGUUCAAAUAUCAGAUUCUUACAAGUUCAGAACCCUUGAAAAAAUUUGUUGAAUAAUCAGGAGGAGAAGGAGUAGAAACAAAGUGUUUUUGUUUGUUUUGGUUUUUUUUUAAUUCGAAGAAUUCGAUCUGGUUGAUUAGCUGUGUCUAAUUGAGACGAUGAACAUGAUGGAUCCGGAGUUGAUGAGGCUCGCUCAGGAGCAGAUGAGUCGCAUGUCACCUGCCGACUUCGCCAAGAUCCAACAACAGAUGAUGGCUAAUCCAGAGUUGUUGAGAAUGGCCUCAGAAAGCAUGAAGAACAUGAAACCUGAAGACCUGAGGCAAGCUGCAGAACAGUUGAAGCACACCCGUCCAGAGGAUAUGGCUGAGAUUGGUGAUAAGAUGGCUAAAUCAACGCCAGAAGAAUUAGCAGCUAUGCGUGCCCAUGUCCAUGCUCAGGUCUCUUAUGAAUUGAGUAGUGCUCAGAUGCUAAAAAACCAGGGAAAUGACCUUCACAGCCAGGGGAGGUUCAAUGAUGCCUUGGAGAAAUACUUGCUUGCAAAGAAGAAUCUGAAAGGCAUUCCAUUAUCCCAAAGAAGAACACUUUUGUUGGCAUGCUCACUGAACUUGAUGUCAUGUUACUUGAAAACAAAGCAGUAUGAUGAAUGUAUAAAAGAAGGUUCUGAGGUGUUGGAACACGAUGCAAAGAAUGUCAAGGCUCUUUACAGGAGAGGUCAAGCAUAUAAAGAAUUAGGUCAAUUAGAAGAUGCUGUCUCUGAUCUUAGCAAGGCACUUGAAGUUACUCCUGAUGAUGAAACCAUUGCAGAUGUUUUAAGGGAUGCCAAGGAAAGGUUAGGCAAACAAGGUGUAAGUGCACCCAGGAGAGGAUUGGUAAUUGAAGAAAUAAAUGAAGAAGCCGAGCCAGUAUCUUCUAACAACAAUGGAAGCUCGUCUACAGAUUAUUCAAUACCUCAAUCACAGAAGACUAGUGACUCUUCUAAGAGUCAAAAUGUGGCUAACAAUGGUGACUUGUCAACCAAUUCGGAGUACUUAAAGGCUUUAAAUAAUGACCCAGAAGCUAUUAGAUCAUUCCAGAAUUUCAUUUCAAAUGCUGAUCCAUCCACCCUGGCUGCUUUGAAUCCUGGAAAUUCUGGAGAGAUAUCUCCGGACAUGAUUAAGACUGCAUCUCAGAUGAUCAGCAAAAUGUCACCUGGGGAACUUCAAAGAAUGAUUGGAAUGGCUUCCUCAUAUCAGGGGGCCUCUUCUGAUUCUAAUUUCAACAGUUUCAAACCAGGGUCAGUUCCAAAUGUGACGCCUGACAUGUUUAAAACAGCUAGUGAUAUGAUGAGUAAAAUGCCACCAGAGGAACUUCAGAAGAUGUUUGAAAGGACAUCUUUGAAGGGGAGUGACCCAUUUACAAGGCAAGCAGCUCCAAGUGCUAACAGACAAAAUUCAGAUGCUGGUCCAAAAUACUCUUCAGAUCGGGAAAAUUCUGAAGGUAAUGGAGCUAGUGCUGUGGGUGAAACAAGUUCUCGUGGUAUGUUUUCAAAUUCAAGAAGCAUUCCACUGCAGUCGAGCUUCCCCAGUUCAGCAGCUGAUUUACAAGAACAGAUGAGGAACCAAAUGAAAGAUCCAGCAACACGGCAGAUGUUUGCAUCAAUGAUGAAGAAUAUGAGCCCAGAAAUGAUGGCAAACAUGAGUGAACAAUUUGGUUUGAAGCUUUCUCAGGAAGAUGCGGCAAAAGCUCAACAAGCAAUGUCAUCUUUAUCACCAGAGGACUUGGAUAAAAUGAUGCGAUGGGCGGAUAGGAUACAAAAGGUAGCGGAAGGUGCAAAGAAGACGAAGAAUUGGCUCCUGGGAAGACCUGGUAUGAUUUUGGCAAUAUUCAUGCUCAUUUUAGCAGUGAUCCUUCACAGGCUGGGCUAUAUCGGAAGCUAGGAAUAGAACCCUUGUUCCACAAUCAUGUUUUCCUGGACAAGUUCAAACCCUAGUAGAGUAUGAAUUGUCUAAAGCUGACAUCUCCUUUCCGUAUGUAACCUUUAGCUGACCAUGGUUAUAAAUUUAUAAUUCGAGGAGGAUAGGUUAAAAAAAGGGGGGAAGGAGGAUGAGUUUGUAAUUCAAUGGGUAAAGUUGAAACCCAAGAUUUCUUCUGUUUCUAGUGGUAAUUGUUUGAUUUAUUCAGGUUUGUUGAUGCUUGUUCCUUCAAAGUAGAUUUAGGGAUUAGAGAUGGAAAAAUACUUUACAAAAAAAGGAAUCCCACAAGGGAGAUCCUUUUGAUUGGAAUUGAGCAUUUGGAUGUAAACUACCUUGUGGUAUAAUGUACUUAUAUGCUUUAUUGAGCAUGGAGUACUUGAAACUUAACCAUUGAACACCGUUUUGGUUGCA